CCUGUCCACGACCUCGAGUCCAUCUUCUACGACCCUAGACUCAUCAUCCUCAACCUCGGACCCUUCUACAUCUUCGAGCCUCUCAUCUACGACAUCAGACUCAUCUUCUACCACCUCUGACUCGUCGCCAACCUCGGAUCCUUCUACGUCUUCGAGCCUAUCUUCUACGAUAUCAGAUUCGCCUACAACUUCGAGCUUACCGUCGACUUCGAGUCUAUCUUCCACGAUUUCGGACCCAUCUUCGUCUUCGAACCCCUCUACGACCUCGGAUUCUGCGACUUCGAGCCUACCUACGACCUCAGGCCUGUCUUCUGCGACCUUAGACUCGUCUUCGUCUUCGACCUCAGAUCCUUCUGCGUCCUCGAGUCUAUCUUCGACGACCUCGGAUCCGUCUACAUCUUCGAGCUUGUCUACGACCUCGAGUCCAUCUACGCCUUCGAGCACCGCAACGCCCGACUCUGUGACAAGCACAACAUCGUCUUCCAAUUGUGUAGCAACAUCAGCUUCAGUUGGAGAUGUUUUGAACACUCCAGAUGGAGAUUCCUGGAUCAACUUCUUCUCCUCUGGAUGCGGAUUGUCCUUGGACUGGCAAACGUUGAACUUUAACAAUCUUUAUGUCUAUCAACGCACUGAUUACACAUUCGACGAGGCAUUGUUGAGCUGCGCAGAGGUUGCUGACAAUGAUGGCUCGGCUGUCUUCGAGUUCGAGACUGACACGCGCAAUAAUGAUCGAUGGGUAUGCUGGACUCUCAACGGCAUCACCAAUGACCCGGCUCAAUUCCAGCCUUAUCCUGGCAUAGCUGAUGCAUACGGUUGGUAUUUGCCAAGCAGGCUGGCUUCGGUAACAACCACAUCAACAUCAACAACGACUUCCGCUUCUACAUCCACACUAUCAACUUUAACUACGAGUUCCGCCUCCAGUGCUACAACCACCGACCCCUCCCUCGCUCCUUCAACCACAUCGUCAGUUCUGACGACGCCAUCCGCCUCCGCCGUAACGACUACGUCAACAUUUGACAGCACAACAGCUUCUGAGCCAGCAUCAAUCACCACGACGAGCACACCAACAUUUGAUAGUACCACAACUUCUGCUCCGGCAUCGAUCAUCACAACAAGUACACCAACAGCUGAUGAUAGCACAACUUCUACACCCGUUAGCAGCUCCACAACGUCUACACCAGCAUCAAUUAUCACGACGAGCACACCAGCAGUUGAUGAUACCACAACUUCUACAUCAAUUGACAGCUCCACGACUUCUGCUCCAGCAUCAAUCAUCACGACAAGUACACCGACAAUUGAUGAUAUCACAACUUCUACGCCCAUUGGUAGCUCUACAACCUCCACGCCAGCAUUAACCAUUACGACAAGCACAUCAACAUCUGACGAUAUCACAACUUCCGCAUCAAUUGGCAGCUCCACAAGUUCUACGCCAGCGUCGGACACCACGACUAGCAGCACAACAACUGACGGCACUAUAAUUUCUACGUCAGCGGCAGUCACCACGACGACUACCACAAGUGACAGUCCGACAUCAGCUGGGGCGUUCUAUAUCGCCGCUGAGACGGGAGCCACACACCGCAGGCUCAAGCGGCAAAUAGAAUAUCUUGCGCUGAACCCACAGACUGGUUUGAGCAGUCUUGUCGACUCCGUAGCCGAAGCAAGCACCUUCACUAUUGCUGAUGACGAUUCGUUGAUGGUGGUUCUAAAUGAUGGCACGCCUGUUUGGGUUGGUCUUACAUUCAGCACGCCCACUCAACUCGUGAUGGAGACUGAGGCACCAGAGCCUCCUGUCACUGCAUCCAUUGACAGCAACAGUGUCUUGACAAUCUCAUCGGUGGUGGCCGAGUGCAUCUUGAACGGUGGCCUGGUUGUUUCCACUGAUGGGUCGCUUCCCAGCGGCUGCGUCCAAGUCACGUUGAAAGCAGUUUCUGGAGCCGUGGUUGUUCCAGCUGGUUCGAGCACUACCACAAGCACGCCAACAUUCUCAUCAACAGCGCCAUUUGCGCCGGUCGUCACGACUUCUGGUGUGACAACGGCGGUAUCCGAUAGUCCUUCGAGCACCAGCACAACUUCGUCUACAUUUUCGUCAACAGCACCAUUCGCGCCAGACUUUACGACGCCUGGCGUGACGUCGACGUCGUCCGAUAGUACUUCAAGCACGACCACGACCUCAGCCACCUCGACGACUACGACGCCUGCUUGCACGCCGUCUUCGAUCGGAGACGUCACCGCUCUUUACAACACAAGCCAGACAUUCCGCAACGUUUACACAGGGUGCGGCGAGUCGUUGGAAGGAGCGACGACCGGUGGUCUACAGUAUCUCCCCAAGCAGUUCGCGGUCAAUUGGCAAGCGUCGGAUAACUGGGAGGGUUACACAUUCGACGAAGCGGUAAGCCGAUGUGCGCAGUUCGCUGUCGACAAUAAUGCCACAGCGGUUGAAUUCUACGUCGACGUGGAUCAGAACUGGCUCUGUGUUGGUGUCAACAAUGUGGCUUUCAACGCCACCUCCUUCUAUCCCGACUCAAACGUGGUCAACGUGUGGGGCUUGGCCUGGGAAAACCCAUGCCAGAACACUCCGCUUGACGAUCUCGUCGCAUCGGAUGGAACUGUCUUCUCUGAAUUCUACACCGGCUGCAGCGCGUCGUUCCAGGGAUAUACACCCGGUGGACUGCAAUACCUCGACCGCGUCGUGUCAGUGAACUGGCCAGCGCCUGACUACAGCGGGUGGACCUUUGACGCCGCGGUCCAAAACUGCGCCGACACGACCAUUUCGCAAAACGGCACCAUGUUCGAGUUCUACAUCGGCUCGGACGAUUCGUGGUACUGUAUCGCAGUGAACGACCUGCCCGCCACGGCCGACAGCUUCUAUCCCGACGCGACAAUCGGCCAGGUCUGGGGUUUCGCCGUCUCGGGAUCCACGGCGGUCUGCGAACCUUCGCAACUCGCAGGGUCAAUCCAACUGGCCAACGGGACCACCUUUGAUGAAUUCUACGAUGCGUGCCAUGUCUCGCUCGAAGGCGACACCGCCGGCGGAAUAGGCUACAUGACGCACGUGUUUGGCUUCAACAAUCCCCCCGGCGAUGAUGGAAGUUAUGGAGGAUGGACCCUGCAGACUUCUUCGCAGAAAUGUAUCACGGACGCAGCGGCCGCGGGGGCGACGUUGGUCGAAUUCUACGAGAGUGCCGACGAGGAACCCACCUGGUACUGCUUCGGCUUCAACGACGUGCCGGCACAGGAGGAUUCCUUCUACGGUGACGGCACUGUGGGACGUCUGUGGGCUUUCAAGCUUGACGAGUCGACCCUGCCGGAAGUCGACUAG